UCACUUUGUUGUGCCAGGUUUGCAAACCAUCGUCUGCUAGCAUUUGUAUCGAAGACCGCAUGACUGAGGAAAAGCGAUUAUCGAUACAGGAAACGCCUUCACUCCAGGCGAGAAUAUCUGAGGAACUGUUGGCGCGGAAGCCUAGAAAGCCGACGGCUGCCGAAUGCUGCGGAAAUGGCUGCGCCCUGUGCGUCAACGACGUUUACGAGCAGGAACUGGCAAUCUGGGAAAUCGAGUGCAUGCGAGAACUACAUUACGGCCCUGGCCGCCGUGAACCGCAAGCAGGACCAGCUAUAAGCCCCAAAUACUACAAAUCAUUUGUGCUUCAGAACAUCAAGAAAGUCACUGAAUGCUGCUCAAGAUAUAUCUUUGUAAUUGACGACAUUGGAUGUCUUGGCUUCAGCAUUGGACAGCAUCUUAUAAUGAGAGCUUCUGUCGAUGGUGAAGUCAUAACUCGUCAGUACACUCCUAUUUCACCUCCAAGUGCCCUUGGCUUCUUUGAAGUCAUAAUCAAGGUUUAUCCCCAAGGAAGGAUGUCAAAAUACAUCAAGACACUCAAAGAAGGAUGCUCUGUAGAUUGGCGAGGUCCACUAGGAGGGCUAGACUACAAGCCCAAUGCGUACAAGCACAUGCUACUGCUUGCUGCUGGCACUGGAAUUGCACCAAUGAUCCAGGUCUUGCGCCACAUCACAAGUUCAGACGAAGACUACACCAUGGUUCGCUUGCUUUUUGGGAUAGCAAAGUACAGGGAGAUAUACCUGAAGGAUGAGCUGGAUGAACUGAAACGCUUCUGGAAUGUCAGCAUUCUGUACUGCCUCAGUGAUGAAACAAAGGUUGAGGAUCUCAAGUAUGGAGAUGAAGUUCACUGCAGAGAAAUCGAUGAGGAGCUUCUUGAAGUGGAGUUGUCAAAAUACCGCACACCUCCUCAUGUCCUUUUGUGUGGACCAAAUACUUUCAACAGCAGGUUUGUCAACUACCUUAAGGGGAGGACAGAUUCAGUGACAUGGCACAUUUUCUAAGGACAGUAGAUUUUACAGUGCAAUAAUAUUGUAUUUUGACUAGAA